AUGAGGGCCCCCAUCUGUCUAGUGGAAAACACGAGGGAGCAGCUGAUGGUGAAUUCAGAAGCCUUAAGGAUUCUUGAAAAGAUAUCUCAACCUUUGGUAGUGGUGGCCAUUGUUGGGCUGUGUCGUACUGGAAAAUCCUACAUCAUGGAUCGUCUUGCUGGACAGAACAGUGGCUUCCCCCUUGGAUCCACUGUGAGGUCUCAAACCAAGGGCAUCUGGAUGUGGUGCCUGCCCCACCCCACCAAGCCAAACCACACACUGGUCCUUCUUGAUACUGAGGGCCUGGGUGAUGUGGAAAAGGGUGAAGCUAAGAAUGACUUGUGGAUCUUUUCCCUGGCCGUGCUUCUGAGCAGCACCUUUGUGUACAACAGCAUGGGCACCAUCAACCACCAGGCCAUGGAGCAGCUGCAGUAUGUGACUGAAUUAACACAGCUAAUAAGGGCAAAAUGCAGCCCCAAACCAGAUGAAGUAGAGGACUCUGCAGUGUUUGUGUGUUUCUUUCCAGACUUUGUCUGGGCUGUUCGGGAUUUCACUCUGGAGCUGAAGUUAGAUGGGCACAACAUCACGGAAGAUGAGUACUUGGAUAAUGCCUUGAAGUUGAUUCCAGGAAGGAAUCCCUGAAUUCAAAAUUCCAACAAAUCUAGAGAAUGUAUCAGAUAUUUCUUUCCAGUCUGGAAAAAAUGCUUUGUCUUUGACUGGCCUACAAGUGACAAAAAAUUGUUAUGCCAUACGGAAAAUGUUACAGAAAAUCAACUGGAAUGGAAUUUCCAGGUGCAAACAAAAAAUUUCUGUACCUAUAUCUUCACCAUGGGAAAGACCAAGACACUGAGAGAGGGGAUCGUUGUCACUGGAAAUCGGCUGGGGACACUGGUGAAGACCUACGUGGAUGCCAUCAACAGUGGAACAGUACCUUGCAUGGAGAAUGCAGUGACCACCCUGGCCCACCGAGAGAACACAGCCGCUGUGCAGAAGGCAGCCGACCACUACGGUGAGCAGAUGGUGCAGAGAUUGGGGCUCCCCACAGACACUCUCCAGGAGCUGCUGGACGUGCACACAGCCUGCGAGAGGGAAGCCAUUGCGGCCUUCAUGGAGCUCUCCUUCAAAGAUGAAAAUCAGGAGUUCCAGAAGAGACUGCUGGGCACCAUAGAGAGAAAGAAGGAAGAUUUUGUCCUGAAGAAUGAAGAGGCAUCCAUCAAAUAUUGCCAGGAUGAGCUGAAGAAGCUUUCAGAGCCCUUGAUAGAAGGCAUUUCCAGAGGAGCAUUCUCUGUUCCUGGAGGGCAUAGUCUCUACUUAGAAGCCAAGAGGAAGGUGGAGCAGGACUACCAGCUAGUGCCCAGGAAAGGAGUGAAGGCAGGUGAGGUUCUCCAGAGCUUCCUGAAGUCCCAGGAUACUAUACAGAAAUCCAUCCUGCAGUCAGACAAAGCCCUCACAGAAGGAGUGAAGGCCAUCGCAGCUAAGAGGACCAGGAAAGAGGCAGCUGAGAAGGAACAAGAGCUAUUAAGACAAAAACAGAAGGAGCAAGAAGAAAUGAUGGAGGCUCAAGAGAGAAGCUUCCAUGAAAACAUGGCUCAACUGCAGCAGAAGUGGGAAAUGGAAAGGAAGAAUAUUCUGAAAGAGCAGGAAAGGAUGCUGCAGCACAAGCUGAAGGUGCAAGAAGAACUGCUUAUUGAUGGAUUUAAACAGAAAUCUGAGGAAUUAAAUAAAGAGAUAAAUCAACUACAAGAGAUUGAAAUAAGUAAAAACAAGAGCCCCUCAAUAUUUUCACAGUUCCUUGAUACACUUGGCACUGUAUUUAUUGCAGUACUACCUGGGGCUGGUAAAUUACUUGGUGCAGGAUUGAAAAUACUCAGUCCACAUAUAUAACAGUGCAAGAAUUCCUAG